AUGCGAUGCCCCACGUGCAUCAAGCUUGGCCUGCCCGCGAUCUAUUUCUGCGGCAAGGAGUGCUUCACCAAGGCCUGGCCCACCCACAAGCUCCUGCAUACCCUCCUCACCUCAAGCGGACCCUCUACCAACAUCUCCUUCUCCCACUCUUCCACGUCUGCUGCUGACGAGCGCUUUGCGGGCUUCCCGUUCACCGGCCGACUGCGGCCCGGCGUGGUGUCGCCCAUGCGCACCGUGCCGAGCCACAUCCCUAAGCCCGACUAUGCCGAGACCGGCGAGCCUGAGUCGGAGAACCAGUUCAAGCGCGGCAGCAUGGCGAUCGAAGUUCAUACCCCUGCCCAGAUCGCCGUCCUCCGCGAGGCCUCCAUUAUUUCUCGUCAGGCGCUUGACUUGGCCGGCAGCAUGAUUAGGCCCGGCAUCACCACCGACGAGAUCGACAGGGCCGUGCACGACUUCAUCGUGUCCAAGGGCGCCUACCCUUCGCCGCUCAACUACCGCGAGUUCCCCAAGUCCUGCUGCACGUCGAUCAACGAGGCCAUCUGCCACGGCAUUCCCGACAGCCGACCGCUGGAGGAGGGCGACAUUUGCAAUGUCGACGUCUCGGUCUACUACAAGGGCUACCACGGUGACGUGAACGACACCUUCUUCGUCGGCGAGGUGUCACCCGAGGCCCAGAAGCUGGUCCAGGUCACCUACGAGGCGCUCGAGGAGGCCAUCAAGAUCGUCAAGCCGGGUCGGCUGUACCGAGACAUCGGUCAGGUGAUCUCCAAGCACGUGAGCAAGCACGGCUACUCGGUGGUGCGGACGUACUGCGGACACGGCGUUGGCGCCCUCUUCCACACGUCGCCCAACGUGCCCCACUACGCCAAAAACAAGGCAGUGGGCGUCAUGAAGCCUGGCCACGUGUUCACCAUUGAGCCCAUGAUCAACCUGGGCGACUUCAAGGACACGACGUGGCCCGACGACUGGACCUCGGUCACUCGAGACGGCAAGCUCUCCGCGCAGUUCGAGCAUACCAUGGUGGUGACCGAGACCGGAGUCGAGGUGCUGACCGCUCGGACCGCCAAGUCCUACCCCUACCCGUGGCUCAAGUAA